AUGCUCCCUAAUCAACGGAAUUCCCGUGGCAUCGAAGGUGAUGCAUCGGCCUCUGGGCUCGAGGGUCAUCUGCGGAAUCUGAUUCUCACCAAUGCCAACCAAAGCACCAAUCCCGCAGCCUUUCCUCCUACGGAUACUCGCUCUCAGGCUUCAGCAUCACGCCGGCCUCCAUUGUCGGGCACGCAGUCAUCAAACUCGUCAUUUAACCAGGGGCAGUAUCGUGCUAAUACCAGCCAUGCAAAUGAUGAAUCAAGCUUUGACAACACAUCUCAGCAUGGCCAGCAUUCACCUAAGCCGUCCAGAAGGCGCCCAAAUCAGGCUCAGCGGCGACAGAUGUCUCAGUUCACAAUUGCUCCCGAGCCUCGACAGCAGCUGCCCCCAUAUAACCAUACAACUAGGCCUAAUGCCCAAUGGACGCCGCCACAGUCUCAUCCAAUCUCGGCGCCGAGGCCCUCGGAAUUUCCUCGUACACGGAAUUCAUGGAAUGGCCCUCCUGUACACCAGAGUACAGGGUCGGUACAUCAUCAACAUCGUUCCCUUAUCAAGCCAGAAGAAAUCACGAAUCAGGCCCGUCUACUAGACAUGCUCUGCCACCAGGUCUUGGCUCAUUCUGAGAUCGACCGGUCCGAAAUAGCAGAAAAAGAAGCGUUUCGCCAACGUAUAGAGCAUAUAUGCCGCGAAGUCAUCAGCCAGUUUGAAGAACAGCAAGAUGUGAAUAACAGGAUCCCCCCAUUUUCUGUGGAACUGAAAUGUUUUGGCAGCCUGUCGUCUGGUUUUGCUACAAAGGCCUCGGACUUGGAUCUCGGCUUGGUAUCACCUCUGUCCAAAAUCCCACCUGAUGCCCCUGGGUCUCCUAUACCUCGAUUAAUUGAAAAGGCAUUCCUGCAGGCAGGCAUUGGCGCCAGACUUCUAAGCCGCACGAGAGUCCCAAUUAUCAAGAUUUGCGAGCUGCCUCCAGAAACUCUUUUUAAAAAUCUGCUGGAAGCACGCGAGAAAUGGGAGCGUGGUGUUGAUAAGGAGGCUCAAUCUGGAGCUGCUGAAACAGAGCUUGAGAAUGAAGGCUCUGCUCAUGGAGGUGAUGACGAUGACCACGAACAAAGUGGAGCAGCCGAUGCUGGUUCAGAUUCACUGGGCGAAUUCGAGAUACUCUGCAAGGAUUCUACUGAACCACAGCGCUUUCGACUUCAACAAGGGCCUAAAAACUCCCUGGAUUCCUACUAUGGUCUAGCCAAGCGCAUUUUGCGGCGAGCUGGUGGCUACGAUAUCACUGCUUCAAACCACAAAGACUUUACGGCAGCCGACUGGGAUAUUCUAAACCGUGUCUGUUAUGCAUUUGUCCAGGGGCUGGCGGACAAUUCCUUGCGGGAUCAUGUUGCCAGACUUCCUUCCAUCGCUGCAACGAAUAGCCCCUCGAAUUCACUUGACCACCGCUCUCUCUUUGGUAUAUUUAUGCAGAUAGAGGGAGAGCACAUACUACGCCGUUGGAAAUCGUGGCGCGAGGGGCUUCCUCUAAGACAACCUGAGGAUGACAAAUCCAUAAGGCAAUGGGAAUCUCUGCAACUCAGGUCACUGCCAGAUAUUGAACCUAUUACCUACAAUAGGGAACUUCAACUGGCCCUCGAGAAGCUGAAGAAAAUUCCGUCUGUGCAGCUAUUGAUAUUCGAGCAAGAUCAGCAAGAGACACCUUCACAAUAUUAUACAAGGGUAAAAAGCAUCGUAAACAAUUUAGGAAGCUCUAUAUCUAUACCCCAAAAAGUUAUAAUCAGUCAAUAUGUUGCCGGGGUAUUCCGCGAAGAGAUGCGAGAUCAACUGAGCAGCUAUCUUGAACAAUUCCCGGAACAGGCAACGAUCCAAGCGGUAGGAUGUCGCCAUAAGAGUAUCCAUCUAGCCAAUGAGUUUGAAAAGGCUAUUGGAAGCAACUUAUACGACGCUGUUUGCGUGCCUUAUAUCUUGCGCUAUAUCGAAAUAUUGCGGCAGCCCCUCGAGAAGAGAAUGGUGGCACCAGGGAAACCAUACUAUAUCGUAUCAAUCCCUGCUGAAUUUUCUGCAACUUUUGCCAAGAUCAAGGUCCUAACUGAUCCCCGUACAAUGGCUCCAAAUCAGCCGGGUCAGAGACCUCGAGAUCCGCUUGAAUUUCCCAAAUCAGAUGUUGGGGUGCAAUGCGACAUCAACUUUUCUGCUCAUCUGGCCCUCCAAAACACCCUUUUGCUGCGUUGCUACUCGCAUACUGACCCAAGGGUUCGACCCAUGAUCCUAUUUGUCAAGCACUGGGCCAAAAUGCGUGGCAUCAACUCUGGAUAUCGCGGUACUUUGAGUAGCUAUGGCUACGUGUUAAUGGUACUGCAUUAUCUCGUCAAUGUUGCGCAGCCAUUUGUUUGCCCCAAUCUCCAACAGCUUGCACCAGCGCCUCCCAACAAUUUGACUUCGGCCGAGAUACAGUCCACGAUAAGCUGCCGAGGCUACAAUAUCCAGUUCUGGAGAAACGAGGAGGAAAUCAUCAGGUUGGCAUCCCAGAAUCAGCUCAAUCGAAACACUGAAAGCAUAGGGCAUUUGCUGAGAGGGUUUUUCGAAUACUUUGCCCAAACCGGCAUGAUGAGCAAUGGUCUUAGUAGAGGAUUCGAUUGGGGCCGCAACGUCAUUAGUUUGCGAACCCAUGGAGGAAUAUUGACAAAGCAGGAAAAGGGCUGGACGGGAGCAAAGACCGUAUAUGAAGUCCAGAAGACGGAUGUUGAUACAGCCACCCAAUCAAACCCUCCCCCGGUGAAUACUCAACCACCAGCUUCUCCACAGGUCACCAAGAGCGGAGACGUUAAAGAGAUCCGACUUCGAUAUCUCUUCGCCAUCGAGGAUCCGUUCGAAAUAGACCACAACGUGGCACGAACGGUGACACACAAUGGCAUCGUUUCCAUCCGCAAUGAGUUCCGCCGAGCUUGGAGGAUACUUCGCGCCGCUGGUAAUGGAGACACCCAAGAGAACUUGUUGCAGGACGCUGAGGACGAGAAGGAGGUUCCAGUUGCAUUUCUGCAUUUACUUGCAGACAUACAUGAGACUAUUCCAGUUUGA